AUGGCAGGAUAUGAUUCUGUAAACAGCCAUCAAAAUAAGCAAGACAAAGCUGGAGAAAACACCCAAGAAGAUCAACCGAAUGAUGGUAAUCAACCGCAAGAGAUAGAUAAUCCUGGAACUGUGCCUACUGAGACAACUACACUAUCAAGUGAUGACAACGAUUAUGAAAGUGUUAGUGAAAACAGUUUGGGGGAUGGAUUGGUUUCUACUUCAAUGGAACCGAAGGAACCCCCAUCAUUAUCAUCACCAACUACCGCUUUGGAAUCCCAGAAAGACUCGGGCAUUGAUAGUGAAAAACCAAAGCAGGCACUUAAACAAGUUGGUAAGAGCUUGGAAUAGGUACAGUAAUUAGGCAAAAUGAUAAAAAAUUUGUAAA